AUGGAGUCUGAAAUGAGCUGCAGUUUCAGCCGUCGUCAGCGCUCGAGAAUUCCUUGCACUCACCCUGGAUGUGGUGUUCAAUAUCUGCAUCUCCAUCCCGGAUCACCCGAGAUCUGUGGUGACAUACUUCCUUCUGCCAUUCUCGACUUAAAUCUCGAAUUCAUCAUAACCACCUCGGAAACCGAGCCUCUGACCGAAUUCACCUGCUUCAGCGAAUUUCCCUUGGAAAUACGACGUCUCAUCUGGACGACAUCAUGCAUGGUUACCCGCCUGAUCGAGAUAGAGUCAGAGAAAUACUUCACAACACCCCUCACCAUCUCUCCAGGCAGAAAUCUGAACAUACACUCUGGAUUUGGCCUUACGUUCAGCUCUCGCCACCCAGCACCGGCCCUAUUCUACGUAUCCAAAGAAGCUCACUCCGAAGCGAAGACCGUCUAUAAGCUCGUCAACUUCAACGGCUAUCGCCCUGAAGGUCCCUCGCCGCAUCCUUACGCGCGCAAAGUGUGGACAAAUCCCAUGUGGUUCAACCCACUUGCAGAUAUCGUGUACUUCGGCGACCAUGUUUGCCUUGGAAUAAUGAUCUCCGUUUUGCAAACUGGGAUUGAGAUUCAUCGAGUCGCAGUCGACGUUCGCGAUUCGAGCACCAGUGGUAAUUUUUACCCUUGUCCCUGCAGCCAUGGAGAUGAUGUCCCUUCUAUCCUCCAGCCAACUCUCGGACCGCAGAUCGACCUACUUACACGCCAGCUGCAAGUUCUGCAUGGAUUCGCUCUGGCGGGAAGCACAGAGAAAGUUUUCCCGGGAUGUCCUGCUUUGAACGAAGUCAUUGUGUUCAUGAAGGAAGCGGGGCCAUUCGACCACGAUAUCCAAGACUUCGACGCCUGUGCUGGCUUCAAGAACUACACGGCCGCUGCUCCACACUAUCCCCUUGUAGGCAAUACUAGGUUGGCCACGGAUGCUUACACCGAGUACCAAUCCACCACCGCUUUGGCUCCCUUUGACACGGGGGCCAUUGUAUGGAAAGGAGACAAGAAACCGACCAUCCAAUUGGCUCGCCGCUCACAAGCCAUCCCAGUUGACCAACAUUUUGAGAUCCUCGCGAUCAACCUCCCUGGAGUAGGCCAGCAUCGGAUGGUUUGGUGGAAGGUUCGUGAGUUUGAUACUCGUCGUGAGCAUCACACUCAAUCGCCAAGCCUCAAAUGUUCCCUCUUUCCAAAUGUUUACAGUGGUCCGGGAGACUACCUGUUCAAGUUUAUGGGUUCGAGAGAGGAUGUUGAUUGGGUCAUUGGUGAGGUUCUUCGGGAGGUAGCAAGGGGCGAAAAGCUCUUCAAGCAAGAGAUGCGCAUUGCUGAUCCAACCAAGGCUGUUUUCCCUGCUACGAUUGCCAAGACGUGUCUUUGA